ACGCUGCGGCGCAGGAGAACAAGUCCACCCAAAGGGAGGAGACUGGAGAGGUCGAAGCUUCGGUAGAGACGACCACAUAAGAGACGCAACAGGACCCAAGGUCACCCUCGUUCCGGGUUGCAGUGGCACUUCCCUUGCCCCCUUCGCCGGCUCUUUCCAUUGAAGCGAUCCGUGAAGAGAUACACGAACCGACGAGCGCCCUCGUUGAACGACAACAAGGGCACCCUAACAACGACGACAUGGCUUCCAACACCCUCACACCGCGGCCCUCUGGCGGCGGCGGCUUUGGCGGCACCUCACCCACUCCUUCGCAUGGCACCACUGGCACCUUCGGCCAAGGCAGCCGCAGCGGUGGCGGCGGCCCUCCCAGCCGAGGAGGCUUUGGAGGUGGUAGAGGCGGCUAUGGCGGGCCGGGCGGCCGCAGCGGUGGGUUUGGAGGCGGAGCAGCAGGAAAUCUCGGGGGGCGAGGAGGCGCUCCGGCUUCCAACGCGAGCGCGGCUGGCGGAGGAGCUGCUCAAGCAGCUGCCUCGGCAUCUGCACCCGGCACCGCACCCACACCCGCGCCACCCAUCAACCUUGUACCCUCCGCCGUCAACAACCAGACAUACGCGAUCGACGGUCCUAAUGGACGGAUCCUGUGUGUGGCCGAUGUGCGAGGUAACAUCUCCUCGCUGAAUCAGCUCGCAGCGGAACAUCAAGCCAAGGCGAUCAUCCACACGGGUGACUUUGGCUUCUACGAGGCAUCGAGCCUCGGGCGGAUCAGCGAUCGCACUCUCAAGCAUCUCGUGCAGUACUCGACUCUGAUCUCGCCCCACUUGCGCACGCAGCUACUGGCCGCCGAGCCGACGCGCGGCCUGGCGAAUGCGGCGGCAGCGACGCAGUCUGCGUUGCGCACGCAGGUGAUAAACUCACCCGUGCCGCUCCUGUCCGACUUCCCGCUCUUCCUCAAUGGCCAGCGCAAACUCGAAGUCCCCGUCUUCACCGUCUGGGGUGCCUGCGAGGACGUGGCGAUCCUCGAAAAGUUCCGCACGGGCGAGUACGCCGUGCCAAACCUGCACGUCCUCGACGAGGCCACCACGCGCGUCAUCGAUGUCGGCGGCGUUAAGCUGCGCCUGUUCGGGCUCGGCGGCGCCGUCGUGCUGCACAAGCUGUUUGACAACGGUACCGGCAACGCGACCAUCGCCGGCGGGCAGGGGACUAUGUGGACGACUGUGCUGCAGAUCGGCGAGCUGGUGGAUACUGCUCAAAAGGUCUACGACCCCACGGAGACGCGCAUGCUCAUCACGCACGCCUCGCCCGGCAGGGAAGGCUUGCUGGCGCAGCUCGCGCUGGCGCUCAAGGCCGACCUGACGGUCUCCGCCGGUCUGCACUUCAGGUACGGCGUCUCGUACAACGAGUUCAGCGUGCAGCACGACGCGGAAAACUUCCGCAACAAGCUCGUCAGCGCAAAGACCGCGUUCGGCGAGGUGUGGGAUACGGUCAAGUCGCAGGUUGAAUCGGUGAUUGAUGACAACCAGCGCAUCCUGCUCAACAACGCCCUCGCCGUCACCAACCGCCUGCCGCCCGUCGCCGCGCCCAACGGCGCCGUCAGCGAGGAGCCGGCGUGGAAGAACACGUGGAACUGGAACCUGCCCGACGCGGCGUACGGCAGUCUCGUGCUCGACGUCAGGGACGGGCGCAUCAGCGCAGAGACAAAGAGUCAGGGCUUCAACUUUGCUUAUAGACUCAACAACGUGCCGCCACCCGCCAGCACGCCCGUCGCCAACGCAAUCGGGGCCGCUACCGCGAGAUCGGCGCUUCUGCAGGCCUCGCCAAACGUGCCAAAUGCCACGCCACCACCGCCGCCGCCGCAACAGCAGCAGCAGCCACCGACAGGACCGAAAGCUACACGUGAUUUCUGGGACGCUGCCAAGUCUGCUUCGUCGGCCGGAAGGACCAACGGUCCGAGCAAUAAUGGCGGUGCUGCCGCGGGUGCUGCUGGAAACAGGGCGAACGGGGGCACCCCUGCAUCUGCACAAGACUCGCUUGCCCCCAGCGCCAGCAAGCGGGAUCUGAGAGCGAACCCGAAGAAGGAGCGCAAGUUUGGCAGCGUGGAUGCAGUGAGCAGCAGCACCGGCGCACGUUCCGACGCGGAGUCAGGCGCGGCGUGCAGCACGGACACCAGCCGGGCCAGCGCCAAGGGUAAGGAAGGCAAACAGCAAGCCGACAGGCCUCCAGUCAAGCGCGCUCCCGAACUCUAUCUUUCCGGCCUGGCAGAUGUGCUUCCCGUCAGCGAAGAACACAUCAAGUCCUACUUUGGCGAUGCGGCGCAAGGGAUCACCCACGUCAAACUUGCCUUCUCCAACGAAAGGAGGCACAGAGGCGACAUCAACUCUGCGGCCAGCGGCGCUGACGAGCCGGCCGAGGGCGAUGCCGGCAAGGACAAGGAGAAGCCGAGGGUGCAAAGACCAUUUGCGCUGAUUGAGUUCGUCAGCGAGGACGCAAUGCAAGCUGGCCUAAAGAAGGCCGGGCAGACCCUCAAGUCCGACAAGGGCGGGUGCGUCCCACGCCUCGAGAUUUCGACGCCGCCGGAGGAGCGCAAGAAGGACAGGGCAAGAGGCAGGCAAGGCGCGGCUUUUGGAAAGGAGCAGACAGAGGCGACGGAGGGCGCAAGCGGCGCGAGUUGUGCGGAGAAGUCCGGCGCCGAGGACGGCGCGAGCAGUGGAAGACACAAGACCAAGCGCGGCGGGCAGAAGAGGCGAGGCGGCGCUGCUGCAGGUGGUGCUCCCGCGGGCGACAGGAAGCCUUCGAUGGCGCCAGCGCCGGAGAAGAGCGCUGCGUGAACGUGUGCCAUGGA